AUGGCUUAUCAUAUUGAUCGAUGUUCCAUGGAAACCGCAGAAGCUCUCCUUGAUGCUGGAGCUGACCCAUGGCUUCGAGUUCUAAAGUCAUUCGAUAGUGUUUUAAUGGCAAUUCAGUCACAGAAUUGGACGUUCUUGACAAAUGUGUCCGGUCACUCCACCUUAAAGAAGCAUCCACCAAAAUGGAACCAAACCUGGACCGCAUCUUACCGUUCUGGAAAUUGGUUCAAGAAUGCAAAUGCGCUUCAUUUAGCCGCCCUGGUUGGCGAAGUUGACGCCGUUGAGUUCUACUUAGACAAGCAUCUCUUGACAGACUUGAACGCUAGGGAUUCAGAUGGACAAACACCAAUGCACUAUGCUGCCUGGGCUGGACAUGCGUCUGUCAUUCAGUACUUGGUGAAGCGUGGGGGAGAUAUUCAUGCUGUAUCCAAAUCAGGGAUGACUCCACUGAACUUAGCUGUCCGGGAAGGGCACACUGAGUGUGUAAGAGCCCUUCUGAACCACGGUGCUGGACAGCAGGUAGGUCAUAUUGACAAGUCCCCUUUUGUUCACGCUUACUGCUCUGGAAAUGAAGCCAUCCUUCACCUCUUGAAAGAGCAUCUCGGAGACUCCAGUGCGGAUGGACCGAUCAUGAACCACAAGGCUGAGCGGCAUAUGGAAUUUGAUCUAAUGCUGGCCAUAAGACAUGGCAAUAUCGACGCAUGCCAGAAGCUUCUUGAUCUCGGCUGUCCUAUAGAUAUCGAGAUAAUGCCUGGGAAGGCAUCUGGGUUGGAACAAUCGGCAACACCUUUGAUGUUUGCAAUCUGUGAGCGAGCAAGUAUUGCUGUUGUCAAAUGGCUGCUCGAUAACAACGCUAAUGUUUCCGCUGUGUCCUGGAACAAGCUCGGAAGAUUUUACUGCAAUGGAUUAAAUGCGGCUUUGAGAGAUUCGACGUUCAAUUCUCUCAUUCCGUCACUGGUCACGAAGUAUCUCGAGGAAAGGGGGAAGUUCCUAGCUCGGCAAGGAAAUUAUCUCUCUAUUGCUUUAGCCUCCCGAAACACACAAGGCUCGGUAAUUCUGCUUGACGAAUUCAGCAAAAACCACAAAGAUAUUGAUAUCUACACCAUGCUCAAUCCCACACUUGAUGAGAUGAACCCGCAAGGUCCACUUCAUAUAGCGACCCGGCUCAAUGAUUUGGCAGCUUUCAAAGCCCUGGUUGUUGCUGGCGCCGACAUUGAGCAGCUAGACUACAAUGGCUCAACACCGCUCCAUAUUGCGGCCGCAGCCAAUGCCUUGUCGGUUGCUGAGUAUCUUAUAUCGUCAGGUGCUCGCCUGAACCCGAUAUCACAUCACUCCUAUACUCCCAUUCUCAAUGCAUGCCUGACUGCCUCAUCCCAAGUCAUACAACUCCUCAUAAAAAGCGGCGCAAACUACCAGGCCGUGAAUGACUUGGGAAGCAACUGUCUGACACUCUUUGUCCUUACUAGACCUAUUAGAAGAGACCCAUUGAAUAUCAACGCGUUCAAGGCAUUACUUGAUGCUGGAAUCGACCUUUUUGCAAGAAACAAAUUCGGCCUCGAUGCGGCUCGCUCGAUUCUGAUUUCGGAUACACCAAUUUAUCUUUAUUACAUAUUGAACCAUUUCCCGCGGUUUUUCAACAAUAGAUCACUAUCGUGGGCAGCCAUCGAACUCCUUGGGGGGGCAAGUACACACAGCUUAUGCGCUUUGUUCCUAUCAAGAAAGCUGCGACUUAUCCGCCCUCUUCUGACCGUCAAGGAAUUUCUCGAUCUCUCCGAUCUCUCAAACCCUGGAAGACAUACAUUCUUUUGCUCAAGUGUAAUAUCAGGCUCCGUUGAAGCUGUACGAAACUUCCUCAAGUAUGGUGCCAAUAUCCAGCAUGCCUGUCCUGAUCACGGAACGCCUCUCAUUGCCGCAUUGACCUAUCGUCGCUUUGAUAUUGUCAAGAUUAUUCUUCUCAGCGACGUAAAGGCCUUUACAGAUAGCUUCCUGGCAGCCGAGGUCCCCUUUAUGGAAUGCGAUGAGAAGAUCAAAAGGUGGUUACUGGUAGAACGGCACUAUGAACAGCCUAAGCUUGAAGAGAUGAGUUGGAAUACGAACCAUGUUCCUACAAAAGGAGCUGGGGUUGUUAUUGCUGAAGUUGAGAUGGAAUGGCAUUGGAGGAAAAAGCAUAGUGAAUCUAUAUUGGCAUAUGCGACACGCCGCCAGAGGAUAGUGCGAGAACUAAGAGGAACGCAAGUAAAGUUAGUUAGGAUAAUUUAG